AUGAGACAUAAGACAAGUAAGCCAAGUAAGCCAAGUAAGACAAGUAAGCCAAGUAAGCCAAGUAAGCCAAGUAAGCCAAGUAAGCCAAGUAAACCAAGUAAACCAAGUAAGCCAAGCAAGCCAAGCAAGCCAAGUAAGCCAAGCAAGCCAAGUAAGCCAAGUAAGCCAAGUAAGCCAAGUAAGCCAAGUAAGCCAAGUAAGCCAAGUAAGCCAAGUAAGCCAAGUAAGCCAAGUAAGCCAAGUAAGCCAAGUAAGCCAAGUAAGCCAAGUAAGCCAAGUAAGCCAAGUAAGCCAAGUAAGCCAAGUAAGCCAAGUAAGCCAAGUAAGCCAAGUAAGCCAAGUAAGCCAAGUAAGCCAAGUAAGCCAAGUAAGCCAAGUAAGCCAAGUAAGCCAAGUAAGCCAAGUAAGCCAAGUAAGCCAAGUAAGCCAAGUAAGCCAAGUAAGCCAAGUAAGCCAAGUAAGCCAAGUAAGCCAAGUAAGCCAAGUAAGCCAAGUAAGCCAAGUAAGCCAAGUAAGCCAAGUAAGCCAAGUAAGCCAAGUAAGCCAAGUAAGCCACGUAAGCCAAGUAAGCCAAGUAAGCCAAGUAAGCCAAGUAAGCCAAGUAAGCCAAGUAAGCCAAGUAAGCCAAGUAAGCCAAGUAAGCCAAGUAAGCCAAGUAAGCCAAGUAAGCCAAGUAAGCCAAGUAAGCCAAGUAAGCCAAGUAAGCCAAGUAAGCCAAGUAAGCCAAGUAAGCCAAGUAAGCCAAGUAAGCCAAGUAAGCCAAGUAAGCCAAGUAAGCCAAGUAAGCCAAGUAAGCCAAGUAAGCCAAGUAAGCCAAGUAAGCCAAGUAAGCCAAGUAAGCCAAGUAAGCCAAGUAAGCCAAGUAAGCCAAGUAAGCCAAGUAAGCCAAGUAAGCCAAGUAAGCCAAGUAAGCCAAGUAAGCCAAGUAAGCCAAGUAAGCCAAGUAAGCCAAGUAAGCCAAGUAAGCCAAGUAAGCCAAGUAAGCCAAGUAAGCCAACAAAGUCAGCCCGACUGAUCUGCUUGCGUACUGAGCUUAAGCUAGCCGUCGGACGAACGGAUGAUUUGAGCAGUACCCAACGGAAGCGCGUCUUGACGCCGGUAACGACGAUGGCAAUGACGUGGACGUGCGGAACGGGGACGGCGGUAGUGACAAGGGAACCGGUUUUCAUAUAUCCCAAGAGCAAUGCAACAUCGUUGAAAAAUACUACAAAUAACAAGGAUCCUAAGUUACUACCUUACGGAACACCUGAUUUGCCAAGAUUGUAUACGGUGGUUGACAGUAUCGAUCUGUUGCAAGUGUUUUUUGUAUGA